AGCUCUACGCCGAGCCUUUUCAAAAUGAAAUCGUCGUUAUAUUAAUUAUGAAUGUUGUAAAGUCCGGGUUCACCAUUCGGUCACGUCAGCAUGAGUUGAAGUUUUACCUGAAAUUUUGUAGUUAGAUUUCGACAGAUUACAGUCUGCGGCUAACGAAGGCAUAAUGUCGUUUCUUGUGGAUUCGGUGAUCAUGUUCACGUCACAGGUGUUGUUCUUUGGAUUUGGAUGGCUUUUCUUUAUGCGCCAACUUUUCAAAGAUUAUGAGGUGCGUCAGUAUCACGUCCAGGUAGUUUUCUCCGUCACCUUUGCUUUCUCGUGUACCAUGUUUGAGCUUAUCAUCUUUGAGAUUCUGGGUGCCUUAAGUAGUAGUUCAAGGUAUUUCCACUGGAAGUUGAACUUGUAUGUGAUACUUCUGGUUCUCAUCUUUGUGGUGCCUUUCUACAUUGGCUACUUUGUUGUCAGCAACAUACGUCUUUUGCAAAGACAGAAGCUACUGUUUGCCUGCGUGGUGUGGUUUACCUUUAUGUACUUCUUUUGGAAGUUAGGAGAUCCAUUCCCCAUCCUCAGUCCAAAACACGGCAUUUUGUCCAUUGAGCAGCUUAUAAGUCGAGUUGGAGUCAUCGGCGUCACACUCAUGGCUCUGCUGUCUGGUUUUGGUGCUGUCAAUUGUCCUUACACAUACAUGUCCUACUUCCUCAGAAACGUGACAGACAGUGACAUCCUUGCUCUGGAGAGAAGGCUGCUCCAAACAAUGGACAUGAUUGUCAGCAAGAAGAAACGAAUUGCCAUGACACGGAGGCAAAUGUACCAGCGUGGGGAGGACCAAAACAAACAGACAGGGUUCUGGGGCAUGCUAAAGAGUGUCACCUCUUCUCAAACAGGCAGUGAGAACCUCUCUCUGAUCCAGCAGGAGGUCGAUGCCCUUGAAGAGCUGAGUCGACAACUCUUCCUUGAGACUGUCGACCUGCAGGCCACCAAGGAGCGCAUUGAGUACUCAAAGACAUUCCAGGGAAAAUACUUUAACUUCCUGGGUUAUUUCUUCUCCAUUUACUGUGUAUGGAAAAUCUUCAUGGCCACCAUAAACAUUGUGUUUGACCGAGUUGGAAAGACUGAUCCGGUGACGAGGGGUAUUGAGAUUACCGUGAACUAUUUAGGCAUCCAGUUUGAUGUGAAGUUUUGGUCUCAACAUAUCUCCUUCAUCCUGGUUGGAAUAAUUAUUGUAACCUCCAUCCGAGGCCUGCUCAUCACCCUCACUAAGUUUUUCUAUGCCAUAUCCAGCAGCAAGUCCUCCAACGUCAUUGUGCUCGUCCUUGCUCAAAUCAUGGGGAUGUACUUUGUGUCGUCGGUGCUGCUGAUGCGUAUGAGCAUGCCUCUGGAGUACCGCUCCAUCGUGACGGAGGUGCUGGGAGAGCUGCAGUUCAACUUCUACCACCGCUGGUUCGACGUCAUCUUCCUGGUCAGCGCCCUGUCCAGCAUCCUGUUCCUGUACCUUGCUCACAAGCAGGCGCCAGAGAAACACAUGACCCUCUGAUCCCCCGCUGCUGUCUUCUUCCCCUAAUUUAAGCUGCUUUAACCACUUCUGUGACUUUUCACGUGGAAUUUCGAGGACAGUCCGGAAGCUACUCACCUUUUUUUUUUUUUUUUUUUAUACAUUAAAUCCAAACAAUGGUUUUGUGCUUGGCCCAUACUUCCUGAAUCAGGAAAGACACGUGGGAUGGGGGAACUAUCAGAGCACACGAGGGAACGUUGUAAAUUGGACUCUGUGCGAUAAUCAGAUUUAAAUGAGAGUGUCAGCAAAACAUAAAUUGAUGUUGGGAUGUCAUUAUACAUUGCAGAAUAUGGACACUUGAAAUGUGAUCAGUGUGGUGUUUGAUUUUUACUCCCCCGGCCAAACUGAGCUUUCCUUCAGUCAGUCUGAACCCAGUCUGGAACUGGACCGUUUGCAGAACAGUCCGGUUUAAUUCCAAGCGACGCGUAGUGAGCACGUACACUGAGACGAAACGGGUCACAAUGCUUUUAUUUAUGACCUCUAUC